AUGUCUCAGUAUACAUGUCAACGGUGCAAGCUGCCGUUGGUUAUUGAUGAUUCAUUGCAAGGACUGAGCAAUGCACAAAAACAUUUGUUGACACUGAGCUAUGGUCAACGACCUACAGAGGAUCACUCGAAAAACCUGGACGAGUACCCUGUUCUUCCCCACGAUAGGAUGAAGGUGUUCCAAGAUGCGAUGCAGACAAGUGGAAUCAAGCCUUUAGUUUCCAGUAAGGGUCCUGAUAGUGCGCACACGGACGAAGGGUCGUUCGUGAUUUUGGAAGACAAAAAACCGCCUGCUUUGGAUAAGGUUUCUGUUAGUGAGAGAGUGGCGUCUUUGGACAACAUUUUUGGGAUAUUAUCGUCAAAAUACGAGAUCGACUACCCAGUGUGCACAGACUGUGCUACUAUGUUAAUUGACGAGCUGAAGGCGCAGUUCGAGCAGCUCACAAAAGAAAAAGACACUUACGUCCAGUUCCUUAAAAAACUCACAGUGCAGAGUGGACCCAAUAAGGAUAAGGCCAAAGAGGCACUGAAUGAGCUGUCUGUUUUGAAGAGCGAGGAGGCCGAGUUGCUCAAAGAGCUACAAAAGGCGGAAUUGGAACACGAGCAGCUCACCGAGCAGAUGGUGGAUAUCGAAAAAGAGCUCGAACAGCUUAAUAUUGAGGAAAAACAGUACUGUUUGCAAAAGAACGAAAACGACCUUGAAUUGCUCGAAUAUGUGAACGAACGAGAACGGAUCAAAGCUCUGUACGAGUACAACCUGAACCAGCUCGACUCUUUGCGGAAAACAAAUGUGUUCAACGACGUGUUUAUGAUCUCGCACGAUGAGCAUUUUGGCACAAUCAACGGUCUGCGUCUGGGAAACCUGGACGAUGUGAAAGUUUCGUGGCACGAGAUCAACGCCGCCCUGGGUCAGCUUGCGCUGUUGCUGGCCACCGUCGUGCGCAUUAUGGAGUUCCGCUUGGACGGCUACCGUAUUAUUCCCAUGGGAUCAACUUCAAAGAUUGAAAAGUACAAACGAGACAAAAACGGGUCCAUCUCAAAACAAACAUUGGAUCUUUUCAGCAACGGCGAGUUCUCCAUUGGCAAACUGUUCACCCACAACCAGCUAGAUGCAGGCAUGAGCGCAUUGGUGGAAAUUGUCUCGCAAAUCGGACGCAAACUCAAACAACUGGACUCCUCAAACGACCUGCCCUACAAAAUGAACGGCGACAAGGUCGCAGGUUACCCGAUCCGCCCAUCUGCGCGCAAGUCGAACGAAGAAUGGACAUCUGCCUGUCGCUACCUGCUCACAAACGCAAAGUGGAUCCUCACGUACUGCGUGGCCAGCAUCUGA